UGUAAGUGUCAGUCAGAAGUGAAGUAUAAUACUGUAUAAGUGACAGAAAUCGCCGGUUGUUUGCCAACUGAUCCUAAGCUGAUCGCUACGAUCACAACUAACAUGACUUCAAUUAAAAUGGGAGACCAAUGGAGGAGAUAUUCAAUAGCUUUAAUGCUUAUACUGUUAAGUAUGACAUUUGACAAAUGUGUGGCCAACGAUGACAUUGAGGGCGAGACGACUGGCACAGUGGACAAGGACUUGGGCGCAGGACGUGAGGGGUCGCGUACUGAUGAUGAGGUGGUGGUGCGCGAGGAGGAGGCCAUCAAACUGGAGGGCCUAUCGGUGUCCCAAUUGAAGCAAAUGCGAGAAUCGGCCGAAAAGUUUGCAUUUCAGGCAGAAGUGAACAAAAUG